CUGUUUAGCUACAUGUUCCAUGCACACUCUUUCAUCACUCUUUCACAAUUGUCCUAGCUAUACUGUGUAUGCAAUGGCUUCCUCUUCCAAUUACUUCUCCAGCUUUUCUCGUGCUUCUCUGCCUCUUUUCUUCUUCUUCUUCCUCCUCCUCCUCCACAGCGACGCCUCGGCGAAGCUCUCCACGGACUUCUACGCCCAGUCGUGUCCCCAAGUGUUCGACACUGUGAAAUCCGUCGUCAAAUCCGCCAUUAACCAAGAGAAGCGGAUCGGCGCUUCCCUCCUUCGCCUCCUCUUCCAUGACUGUUUUGUUCUCGGUUGCGAUGCGUCGGUGUUAUUAGACGACACGCCCACCUUGCUAGGAGAGAAGACCGCUAAGCCAAACAACAACUCCCUCAGGGGUUUCGAAGUCGUCGAUCGAAUCAAGACGGCGGUGGAAAAGGUGUGCCCGGGAGUCGUGUCCUGUGCCGAUAUCUUGGCAAUCACUGCAAGGGACUCUGUCGUCUUUUUGAACGGGCCGAGCUGGGAGGUGAAGCUGGGGAGGAGGGACUCGAGGAAGGCGAGCUUCAACAAAGCAAACACGGACAUUCCUCCGCCAACCUCAUCGCUCGCCAAUCUAACCGCUGCCUACGCAAAGAAGGGGCUCUCAGUCGGAGACUUGGUCGCGCUUUCUGGCGCCCACACGAUUGGGAAGGCGCGGUGUAUUUCCUUCCGGGACCACAUCUACAACGACACCGACAUCAACGGCUCCUUCGCCAAGCUUCGGCAGGCCAAUUGCCCCUGCACCUCCGGCUCCGGCGACAACAACCUGGCGCCGCUGGACCUGCAGACUCCGACGGUGUUCGACAACGACUACUUCAACAACCUCAUCUCCUUCAAGGGCCUCCUCCACUCUGACCAAGAGCUCUACAAUACCAGCGGCAGCAGCAGCGCGGCCCUGGUCAAGUCCUACUCCCGCAGCACCGCCGCCUUCUUCGACGGCUUCGUCGCGGCGAUGAUCAAGAUGAGCGACAUCCGGCCGCUCACCGGCAAGAGGGGCGAGAUUAGGAAGAACUGCAGGAAGGUUAAUUAAUGCGUCGCUGUUACAGAGUGGAUAAGGAAUGCGUGACGGUCAACGUUGGAGCUGCUGCCGAAACAGUGGGGCUUAUUUUAUUAAAAUUAAGGUCGAUCGAGUUAUGUUGCCCCUUGAAUUUGGGUUUAGUUUCAAGUGUUUCAUCUUUACUCCGUGAGUUGAGACGGAAGUAUGUCUCUUUCGUGUUUUGCACUUCUUUUUCACUGUGUUGGUAAUUGGUAAGCCGAGAUUAAGGAUGUAUAAUCCAAGUGUUGAAAUUUGAUUA